AUGGCAACUCAGUGGGUGCUCGACAAGGUUUCUGACGCGCUCGCGCCAACUGUGUCGAACGCUGUGUCCAGUGCAGGCUCAUAUGCAGGCGGAGCAGUCGGUGCUGUGGGCAGUGGCAUCAACGGUGUGGGUGAGGGGAUCAGCAGAUCAAUUAAAAGGUAUGGAGAUGGCGUGUUGGAUUAUGGAAACGGAAUCAUGGAUUGGACGUCAGCAUCGGGCAGCCGAGCACAAACGGCGGGUAACCCUCUUGGACUAUCUGGUGGAAAGGUCCAAGGAAAAACAAAUGUGACUAGUCCUCGGAUCUACUCAGCACCACCCAAGUCAAAUACUUCCAAACCAUUGACGACGACCAGCAAGACGGCGCCUCAGAAGAAAGUCACAGGUGGAGCUCCGAAGAAGGCAUUGCCUGCUCCGUCCACCAAGGCGGCAGCGGCUCCUGUGAAGAAGAGUAACACUUCUACUGCAGUGCCGGUGAAAAAGACGACCUCGUCGGCGGCACCAAAUCCUGGAGCUAUGAGGAAGGCUGGGACCGCACCGGCCAAGUCAUCGACGGCAUCGAAACCGGCUGCUACGGCUAAGAAGGGAGCCCCUGUUAGGGCCAGCACAGCAUCAGCACCGAAGACUUCUACUGGAGCUAAAGUCGCUGGUAACCCGACAGCUGCUGCCAAUCCCUUGGGACUCUCAUUUUGA